AUGCCCCAAAAGUUGAAUCACACUCCAUCUCUUCUACAAAGAGUCAUUGCUAGUACAUUGGCUGUGGGUGCUGGUAUCUGGUUUUUGCUGAGGGUGGGUAAGGAUUUCCAAUAUAUCAAAUUUGAGCCUCAUACACCAGAGGAAGUUGAACGCAGAAAAAGAGAGCAUGAAGGAUUAAGCAUAAAGUACCUUGAUACCCGGACGCUAGAAUAUACACCUGAAGCCAAGCAACGUCUAGAAAAAAUGAUUGAGGCUAAGAGUCGAGAAUCCGAUGACAGUGACAAAUAA